GCCAUAACGUGGGUCUUGCCUUGCAGAACCGCAACCCCUUGGUGGCCGUCUACUACACCAACCGAGCCCUCUGCUACCUGAAGAUGCAGCAGCACGACAAGGCACUGGCAGACUGCAAGCGAGCCCUGGAGCUGGAUGGUCAGUCGGUGAAGGCUCACUUCUUCCUGGGCCAGUGCCAGAUGGAGAUGGAGAAUUACGACGAGGCUAUCGCCAACCUACAGAGAGCCUACAACCUCGCCAAGGAACAGCGGCUGAAUUUCGGGGACGACAUCCCCAGCGCGCUGCGCAUUGCCAAGAAGAAACGCUGGAACAGCAUUGAGGAGAAGCGGAUCAACCAGGAGAAUGAGCUGCACUCCUACCUGACCAAGCUGAUCAUGGCAGAGAAGGAGAGGGAGCUGGCUGAGUGCCGAAAGACUCAGCAGGAAGAAAAUGCAGACGAGAGCCGGAGCCGGGUUCAGCUGGCCAGCAUCGAGGCCAAACACGACAAAUACCUGGCGGACAUGGACGAGCUCUUCUCUCAAGUGGAUGAGAGGAGGAAGAAGCGGGACAUCCCUGACUACCUGUGUGGGAAGAUCAGUUUUGAGCUGAUGAGAGAGCCCUGCAUCACUCCCAGUGGGAUCACCUACGACAGGAAGGACAUUGAGGAACAUCUCCAGCGCGUGGGUCAUUUUGAUCCAGUGACGCGGAGUCCCCUGACCCAGGACCAGCUGAUCCCCAACCUCGCCAUGAAGGAGGUGAUAGACGCAUUCAUCUCGGAGAACGGCUGGGUGGAGGAUUACUGAGGGGCCGAGGGGCCAGCGCUGGCCCCCCUGGGCCACCCCCUGGCCUCGGCAGCACAGAUGGCUCUCGCUGGGCUGGCACCGGCACCAUGCCUUACUCGCUCUCCGGCUAUUCCCCCUCCGCUCCAGGUGCCCAGAGACCCAGCGACAGUGCUGGGUGAGGGCACGUCGCCAUCUCCCCUUCCCAAGGAGCCGCAGGGGCUGGGCGUGCACGAAGGCUCCCCUCUCCACCAGCUCCUUGCUGACCACAGCACUUGGAGGAAGACCUGCCUAGUGGUUUAAGAUGGGCUUGUUGCAGUGACCUGGAAGGUCUCGUCAGCGUCUUCAUUGCCUAGAGAACACCUGACAAUCCCCAAAGAUCAUGUCCUGCUCUGGGGAGGUGCCAUGAGGAGCUUGCCGGGAUGAGCGCCUGGUGCUGGUCUGGCCUGGUCCCCUCCCUGUGUACAUAGUUGGUUCCUCCUUCUUCCAACUCCUGCCUGGCCAGGGUUGUGUCCUCCUCUUCCCUGUAAAUAGCCACUUGUUGGGGUGGGAGACCAAGGAUCCUGCUGCGGACACCAACUCGUCCUCUGGCUUUUCCUGGGAAACAACUACCCUGGGGCUGGAAGGGGCUGGCUCGCGAGUCCCCUCGCCUGCUGGGACCGUGGUUCCCUGCGAACAACCUCCCAGGUUGAAGUUCCUCUUCCUUUUAUUGAAAUCCCUUUAAAAAAAAAAAAAAAAAAAACCCACACCAAAACCAACAAAUCUGCGUUCGACUGAGACUCCAGCGUUUUGGUCGGCUGACAGCCUGCCUGGCUUUUGAGCGCUCUCUGGAAGUU